AAUACAGCAUUAUCUCACUAGUAGCACUUAAAUACAUAUGCAUUCAUAAAAAUUAACAUUGAGUUAGUAAAUAAUUAUUUUUCCUAUGAGUAUUUAGACUUACCUAUCAGGUGUUUUUUUUUUAUGAAUUUAAUUUAUGUAGUUCGGCAAAAACUCUAAAAAAAAAACAACUUUUUUAUGUGACAGAAGAUUACAUAAAUUGAACAGGAAAAACAAGUGUACUACUUAAUUGCGAGUGGUUUGUAAAUAUUUAAAAAGCGUGUAAAAGAAAACAUACGAGCUAUUUGGACUUAGAAUACAAGUACAUAAGUAUAAAUUCUGACUGUCGACAUUGAAUGUGGUAUUGUUCACCUCAUCGUAUUGACUGUUGGGUUUUCAGUAUAACAUGAUUAAUACAAGACUUACGAGAUGAUUAUAGUGGUUAUUGCUUCACUGAUUUUGUGCUGCUAUUGGGCAUACUGGGCUGCAAGCUGGCGAAAGCUGGACCAGCUCACGGCGAAACUGCCUGUCCCGUCCGGCUUGCCUAUCAUUGGCCACGCUACAUUGUUCGUUGGCAACACUGAAAAAAUUCAUAAAAAUCUUGAAGACAUCGCUGAACUGGCUUUCAAGCACCAAGGAGUAGUUAAACUUUGGUUGGGACCUAAAUUAUACAUUGCCAUUGGUAAUGCGGAGGAUGCACAAGUAGUAUUAGAGAACUGUUUAGAUAAGGACUCGGUAUACCGAUUUCUGCGACCUUGGUUGGGGCAAGGUCUUUUCAUAGCUCCUCUUGGACUGUGGAAAAUUCAUAGAAGAGUUCUGCUGCCAGUAUUUCACAACAAAGUGGUAGAGGAAUAUUUAAAAAUUAUAUCUAACCAAGCUGAUGUGCUUCUUGAUAGACUUUCCGAGCAGUCAGGAAAAACAGAAUUUGACGUCUUACGUUACAUAACCGCUUGCACUUUGGAUAUCGUUUUCGAGACAGCAAUGGGAGAAAGGAUGGAUGUCCAGCAUUCUCCCGAUACACCUUACCUGCGAGCUCGCCACACUGUCAUGACGAUACUUAACAAGCGCCUAUUUAAGGUGUGGCUGCAGCCCGACUGCCUCUUUAAUCUGACACCAUACGCUAAACAGCAAAAGGAGAACAUUGAACUUACCCACAAAUUUACUGACGAGGUAGUCCGAAAAAGACGUUUACACUACGAGACAAAUAAAAACAAAAAUACGGAUCGGCAGUCAGAUGGAAAAAUACAAGCCGUGUUGGACAUGCUGUUCGGCCGGGAAAUCGAUUUUACAGACGAGCAAUUACGAGAACACAUCGAUUCUAUCACGAUUGCCGGGAAUGACACCACAGCACUCGUCGUCGCCUACACCCUAGUCCUAUUGGGUAUACAUCUGGAUGCGCAGGAGAGAGCCUUCCAAGAACAACGAUCUAUCUUUGACAAUUCAAAACGGGGUGCAACAAAGGAAGAUCUGCUGAGUAUGAACUAUUUGGAAAGGGUUAUAAAAGAGAGUAUGAGGCUUUACACUGUUGUACCCAUUAUUGCCCGCAACGUUGACAAGGAAAUUUAUUUACCUCACAGCAAGGUGAAAAUACCAGCGGGCGUAGGAGCUGUAGUAGGCGCCUUUGCCGUCCAUCGCUCAGUCGACGAUUGGGGCUCAAACGCUAACGAGUUCGACCCUGACAGGUUCCUUCCAGAACGAUCAGCUGACCGACACCCUGCUGCUUUUAUCCCCUUUAGCUUUGGAUCCAGGAAUUGCAUAGGAAGAAACUUCGGUAUGAUUAUAAUAAAAAGCAUAAUCUCAAGUAUUAUUAGAGCGUACAAAAUAGAAGCUAAUGAAGUUGGACCCCUCAAAGUAGAAGUUCUCCUGUUCCCCAUCAGAGGACAUCAAAUUAAAAUUACGAAACGUUAAGAUAAUUUUAAACCUUUAUUUAAUUUAAGAUUGUUAAGAUAUUUAUAAUAAAAUUAUUGGAAUAAAAUACUUAUCUAGCA